CUCCGGAAAUACAAAUGUAACCAGCACUGCGUUGAAUUGUGAGUGAGAUCAUAACGUAAAAUAUUAACUGCAAAGUUGGAACGAGACUUUAGGUUUGAACUCCCAGUCAUGUCUCGAGUGCUGAAGAAGAGACAAGCUGACCCUAAGGUUGUUCAGUUUGUGUGGUCAGCCAUCGAAGUCAUUCGCAACCAGAAGCAAAUUGCAAACAUGGACAGAAUUUCAAAGUAUCUGAGUCGUGUAUACGGGAUGCACCCAAAGGAGACAGCCAGGCAGCUGGUGCUGGCUGUGAAGGACGGGCUGGUGGUUGAGACACUAACAGUCGGCUGUAAGGGCUCCAAGGCUGGGAUUGAACAGGAGGGCUACUGGCUGCCUGGGGAUGAGAUGGAGCAGAUGUCUGAGGGAAGCAAGGACUGGGAAGCAGAGAGCCAUGACUGGUACUGUUUUGAGUGCCAUCUCCCCGGAGACGUUCUGGAAUGUGACGGCUGCUUCCGCGUCUAUCACCUGCGCUGUCUGCCCGAGGAACACAGGCCCAGAGAUGCUACCUCACACUGGCAGUGCACAGUCUGCAGGGGUAGUAAAAGGAAGAAUUUCGGUAAACAGGAAAUGAGCACAUACCUGAGGUUUAUUCUCGCGCGAAUGAAGGAGAGGGCUGUAGACCUACAUAAGAAAGGCAAAGAGACAAAGCAGCCGAUGUACAGAAGACUAAUUCACACACCUUUAGACGUGGACAACAUACAAGAGAACAUCUCAGAAGGCAAAUACAAGAGUUUUGAGGAGUUCAAAGCAGACGCUCAGCUUAUUGUUCACAACACAGCUAUUUUACAUGGAGGACACAGUGAUCAGACUGAGAUAGCAAGACUACUUUAUAAUGAUACAUGUCAUGAGCUGAACGAGUUGCUUUUAUGCAGAAACUGUUUCCAUCUCUCAAACGCUCGUCCUGACAACUGGUUCUGUUACCCCUGUACUCCUGCCCAUGAGUUGGUAUGGGCCAGGAUGAAGGGCUUUGGGUACUGGCCAGCCAAGGUCAUGCAGAAGGAGGGCAAUCAAGUGGAUGUCAGAUUUUUUGGACACCAACAUCAGAGAGCGUGGAUCCCAUCAGACAACAUCCAGGACAUUUCUGUAAGCGUGCAGCAGCUGCAGGUGAAGCGUAGCGCCGGCUGGAAGAAAGCCUGCGAUGAACUGGAGCUCCACCAGCGCUUUCUGCGCGAGGGGAGGGCCUGGAGGGGCCGCACAGAGGAGAAACACGAGGACAGGCAGGAGGAGGCCGAGUCCAGCAUCUCAUCCACAAGCAACGAACAGCUGAGGAUAAACCAGGAACCUAAGGCCAAGAAAAGCCGUCGCUCUCAGCCCCCAGAGCAAAAAGAGGAGGAACCAGAGCCAGAGAUGGAGGCGGUGAGCUCCAGCCAGGAGAUCCCCACGGCGACACCUCACCAACCCGAGCGUAUGUCCGUCUCCACCCAAACCAAGAAGACCGGUUCAUCGCCCUCUUCCUCCUCUUCCUCUCCCGCCCCGCGCAUGUCUCACCGUGGCACUCAGACAGUGAACGAGGGCAGCUGCCAGAACAUGUGCCAUGACAAAUACACCAAGAUACUGAGUGACGUCAAAGAGAUGAUGAAGGCAGAGAACAAGCGUGAGACAGAGCGCGUGCUGAAAGAGGCUCUAGACAAGCUGCGGUCAGAGAUGGAAGAGGAAAAGAGACAGGCAGUUAGCAAAGCUGUGGCCAGCACCCAGGCAGAGAUGGACAGAAAGUGCAAGCAGGUGAAGGAGAAGUGUAAAGAAGAAAUGAUGGAGGAGAUGAAGAAGAUGGUCAGCCAACACAAACAGCUCAUCUCUCAAACCAAGAAGAAGCAGUGGUGCUAUAACUGUGAAGAGGAGGCCAUGUAUCAUUGCUGUUGGAAUACCUCCUACUGCUCCAUCAAGUGUCAACAGGAGCACUGGCACGCCGACCACAAACGCACCUGUCGCAGGAAGAGAUGAAUAGCGGCCAAUAGCAUGUCUUCUCUCUCGGUCCCAUACAACUACAGGCCACACGAUUGGGUGAUUUCCUUCAUCACUGCUGCCACUAGAAUUUCAAUUUGUAAAAUCCUUUUUAACUCUUCUCCCAGUGCUGCCCCCCCAAGACACUUCAGAACAGGAGGAAACAUGGAGGAAAUUUUAUUAAGAUACAACCAACACUUUCUGGGCAUGUAAUGCAGUAGGAGAUGGUCAUUUGGAACAUAAAGAACUUUUACAUUUGGGCUAAUCUGUUUUACUUUGGUUAUGUAAAUUUCUUUAUUUGCUGUAAAUGAAAAAAAGAAGCCUUGCUUGUCCACAAACUAGCUAAAAUGUGAAGUAAUAACCUUUUUAAAUAUGAUUCUUAAUCACAUGGUGUAUAGAAAAUUUGACUGUUUUUCUACGAGCAGAUAACGUUAAUCUCAUGCAUUGACAUUGGUGUUUUUAAGCUCUACCGUUGCUCUGCCGUUUUUUUGUUUGUUUGUUUAUUUGUUUUUUGUUGUUGUUGUUUUUUUUUUUUAAAUCGAUGAUCGUGAUUCGUCAUUUUUUUGGAACAGGGUUAAGAGGGCAGGUCAUUUAUCUGUCUAAAAUACAAUCUUCCAUUUAUAAAUAUGCACAUUACAUGUUACCUUUUUUAAUAGAAUUAUUAAUUUUUAAUAAAAAAAAAAAAUAAUUUAUGUGCUCAUUUGGGGUCCAUCUCUGUAGCCACAGCAUCAUGAAUCUAUACUGAGUGGGAUCUCAGUAAGGUUUGGAGAUAGGCAUCUGGCAUAUCUCGGUAAUGGAGUCACAUUAUGCUUUGCUUGUACACCCAACUACUACCUAUGUUCCUUUCCUCUCCUUCAAAUGCACAAUGUAGGUUGAGAUUUUCUCUUCAAGACCCAUUUUGAUCGAGAACACCAAUGUUUUAGAGGAGUUGACCACAGAAAAUCAUUCUGAAUCAUACAUGAUUACAUGUUACUGUAGUUUUGAAAUUUGAAAUCUAUUUUAUUUUCCCUUUUACAUGUGCGUAAAAGUUUUGUGCGUGAAUACAAAGUUGUAACUUAACGAUAAAGGUAAGAAGGAUAUUUGUAGCCUUUUUUUUUUUAAAAGAUAAUUUGUUCAUAACCGUUAACAUUUUUGAGAAAAGCAACCAGUUGAAGGAUGCAGGGAACUGAAAGUCUUUGUUUUUAGUGGGGUUUUUUUGCACAGGUUUGUAAAAGUGAGUGCUCAUGUUCUCUGUCCCUUUUUGGGGGGCUCGGGGUGCAGCUCUUUUGUCAAAUGCAUCCAGUAAUCCCCUCUUGCUUUUCGCUCUCCAUCUCUCACCUCAAUGUUGCACUACAUGUAAAUAAAUGUUUGCCGCUAAACGUGACUGUUUCGAUGUUUGCACGUUGGUACCAUAUGUACAUUUCAUGAAUGCAUUAACUAUGUAUUUGACCAGUCAAUCUGUAAAGAGAAAUAUUUGUGAUUUCUUUUUUUUCUUGGGGGAAAAUGUUUCAUUCCAGUGUGCAUGAAAGUGGGGCUGUACGUACUUCGUUUGGGAUUUCUAGUUUUUUCCUCACUGUCGAAUUUCCUAA